CGCGUGCGCCAUUUUCCUUCCUGAAGAACAACAAACGAAGCGACCGCAUUGUUGAACAUCGCUCUAUUCGCCGAAAUGGCAGUGUAAAAGUGUGCCGCGAUCCAGCCGCCAACAAAACAGUGCAUCCAGCCAGUGCACUGAGUCACUUCUAAUUCAGCAAAAAUGUCGUCCUUCGUGGAAACCCUCACCACUGCUGCAUACGACAGCAUAAAAGAGUUCGAGACUUUCCUAGCAUCGUCGCACGCUCCUUUUGUGACCAACAACGGGCACUAUGACCAUGAUGAUGACAAACUCACAGUUUGGCCUGGAAGACAUGGAGGUCCUUCUCUGGGGACCUUCCUCUCCCAUGGCUGACGCCAUGGACCUCUUAUCUGUUUGCCCUGACCAAGAAGAACUACAGGAAGGAGGAACCUCUUUGGAGGGGGACACUUCACCCGCGUCUCCCCUCACCUCCUCAUCGCUGUCUUCUUUCUCCUCUCCUCCUCCCUUCUACUCUCCUCCUCCCUCACCGCCGGCCGUCCUCUUCCAGGGGGACAAAGUCGGGGCUGAGUCUGACCUGCUCUCCCUUCCCUGGUUGGGCCAUCCUGGUCAGCUGAGACAGAGCGUCUCAGAUGACAGCAAAGAGGAUAUGUUCGGUGACCUGGACUGGAUGGCUGAGAGGGUGGAUCUGAGUGAGCUUGACCUGGAGAGUCUGAUUGGCUCCUGCAGUCCUACUGAAGAGUCCCCUGGCUCUCCAGACGACAUCCUAGCCUCCUUGGAUUGCUCCAUGGAGCUUGACACCCUCCCAAUGCCCACUCUCUCAACUUCUGUGCUCCCGAGUCUUCCCGCUGCUUCUCUUCCAUGUGUGUCUCCUCCUCCCCCUGACCCUCUUCCCACUGUCUGUGCCGAGCCUUCUGUCAUUACAGUGGAUGAGCCCGAGUCCUACGUUGAUGAACAGGGUGUCCCCUCCCCUCCCAUGUGUGUCCCAGAGCCACAGGAAGAGCUGGAAAUCAAGUCUGAGCCCACAUCUCCAGACCCGUCUUCCCCCCUGGUUGAUUCUCCCUCCUCCCCAGCCUACACCCUGGACCUGGGCAGUGAAGUGGAUGUCUCUGAGAGUGAGGUGAAGCCAGUGGUGAUUCCUGUCGUCCCUCAGGUCCAGAGGCUCGUACUCAACCUCGCACCGACCCGUAUCGUCCUCGUGCUGGCUCCCAAAGAGGAAGUCUCAAUCGCCACCACAUCAGAGGUCGUGCAUUCCGCCCCUGCUCCAAAAUCGUCCAGAAGCAGACCAUACCCCGAGCCCACAUUUAAAGCGAGUCCACCGUCUCCCAAUGCCAUCAGUGUCAAAGUCAAAACCCUCCGUGGCGCAGGUGGAGAAGAACGGACGAGUUUCAAGGCACCAAAGGCCAAGAAACUUAAGAAGAUGGAGCAGAAUAAGACGGCCGCCACACGUUACAGGCAGAAGAAGAAAACUGAGCAGGAAGCACUUCUUGAAGAGCAUGCACUGCUGGAGAGGAAGAACAUGGAGCUGACUGAGAAGGCAGAAUCCAUGGCAAGGGAGAUUGAGUACCUGAAAGAGCUGAUGGAGGAGGUCCGCCUGGCCAGGACCAAAAAAGGUCUUAGUGCUGACCUCUAGUGGUUGGACCAAAUGACGUGUGAAGAAGUGAUAUUUGAGAAAGUGGGGCUCAGCAGAUUUUUGAAUUUCUUUCAUGCAAACAGUAAAGUAUCUGUCCACUCAGCACGUCUUGGAUGCACAAUCCAGUAAAUCUGAUGUUUGUUAGAACAUCUUUUUAAAAAUAUCUAACACUGGUAUUUAAUAUAGUAUACUUUUCUGCUGUUUAGAGUAGUUCUAUGGUAACAAGUAUUUCCCAUUAAGGAUGUAAACUUGUGUGCUCUUGUAAUUGUUGUUGUAUAUUUUUCCUCUCUCUGGACCUCAGUACCGUGCCAGUAGAAUGUAUUUUAAGAACUUGUGUAUGUAUUAUAGUAUAACCGGACCAUCUGUAUUAUGAGUCUCUUAAUAAAGAGUCUAAAAACCUAA